CCACACCGAACGGAACGGAGGGUUGUACACAGCCAGCCAUCUGUUUUUCGGCUGAUGACAACGACACGAUGGACCUGUGCCCACGACCACCAAUGGCGGAGCUCCCCUUCGAGCUGCUGGAGCAGAUCCUGUGUUCCGGGUGUCUCGAUCACAGAGAUAUCGUCAAUAUCAGCUGUACGUGCCGGCGGCUGAGGGAAGUGUGUGCGGCCCGGGGUAAAGUGUGGCGGAGAAAGCUCACUGACAGGUGGCCCUCGAUGAUGAAAUAUUUCCGUCAUACAGAUUCCUUGGACUGGCUGGAAGUGUAUAAAAGUCGGCAUAGCGCGGGUUUGGCUGCACGCAGGAUUGUGGCUUCCUUUACGAAGAUGCUGAUCAUAGAGCGUCGCAUACCAUGUGAAGGGUUUAGUAACUUUGACUCUCUGGGCUACCCAGAACAUUUCCUGGAAGAUGAGCUCUUAUCUAUCCUGGAUGAUAAAAGCGGGAAGUGUUUAAUGCUAAAGUAUUGUGCAAAGAAAAUCCUCUACUUCAUGCGUCAGGAGACCACACUAUGCAAGUUGAAAGCUUUUCUCCAACAACCAGCUGAGAAGCAGACAAUGUUAGAAGGUGCUGUUCUGAUUGAUCAAUAUUGUAACCCUCUGGAAAAUGUGUGUUUGGAAGUUAUCCAAGCGCAGCUAGAUGAGAUUCUGGUGAAGGUAAAAGUUUUGCUGGGUGUGAGGAAUAGCAGACACCCCAGCUUAUUCCUGCAGGAAGGUACAGCUUCAUAUAUUGAAGAGUUGGAUCUUCAGGAACAAGCACUUGAUGCCCUGAAUCAUGUCAUUUUUAUUGAGAUGAACUUUAGGGGCAAUGUGGCUGAUUUUUAUAACCCCCUCAAUUCCUAUAUCCACCAGGUCCUUAUUACUAAGACGGGCAUCCCAAUCAGCCUCUCUGUGCUGUAUCUAACCCUGGCUGAACGAUUGGGUGUCCCCCUGGAGCCCGUCAAUUUUCCUCACCAUUUCAUGCUCAGAUGGUGCCAAAGGUCCCAUGGAAGUUCCCACCUUUCUGACUAUCUAUAUGUGGACGCAUUUGGAGGGGGCAAGCGUCUGACUGCCAGGGAGUGCGAGUACAUGAUCGGACAACAUGUAACAGAGGACUUCUACGCAGCCGUCAGCACCAAGGAAGUCCUGCAGCGCAUGGUUGGAAACCUUCUCAACCUUGGUAAAAGGGAAAGCAAAGACCGGAGCUUCAUGCUACUGAGAGUAUCCUUGGACCUGUAUCUCACCAUGUAUCCCGAAAGUGUGCAGCACCUUCUUCUCCAAGCCAGAUUGUAUUUCCACUUGGGCAUCUGGCCUGAAAAGGUCCUAGAUAUUCUACAGAACAUCCAAGCUCUGGACCCCUCUCAGCACGGAGCUGUGGCCUAUCUAGUUCAACAUACGCUAGAGCACAUCGAGAAACGCAGAGAGGAUGGAGUGUCUGGCGUCAAACUGAGAUCCAGCGAGCAGCAGGUCUGCUACUCUGUUGGACUUAUUGUUCGACACAAGAGGUAUGGUUAUAGUGGUGUGAUCUUUGGCUGGGAUCCUGUCUGCAUGAUGUCACCGGACUGGAUUGAAAGCAUGGACAUAAACAACCUUUCUAAUGGAGCUAGUCAGCCUUUCUACAGUAUCUUGUUGGAUGAUGGAUCCUGCAGCUACGUGGCACAAGAAAACAUAGAACCACAUCCAGAUCCGAAUGAAAUCUUGCACCCUGACAUUGAUCUGUACUUCUCAGAGUUCUCAGGGACCUAUUACGUCGGAAAUGAUGAACUAAGGCAUCAGUACCCAGAGGACACAGAUUUCAUGGUUUCCAGUAACAGUAGCAUUUAAUAAAGUUAGUCCGAUAGCCCUGAGCAUGAGCUUGAAGAUGUAUAUUUGGAG